AUGUUUGGUAAUAAGUCUUCGAGCUUUUCUUUUGGCUCAGGUGCCAAUAAGCCUACAAGUGGAGGUUUUUCCUUUGGAAAUAAUAGUAACAACAGCAAUGCUAAUGCUAACAAGCCGGCGUUCUCCUUUGGAAACUCAAACACCAACACAAAUACUGCGAAUAAACCGUUGUUUGGUGCUCAAAACACGAACACCCAGACUUCAAACUCUGGCUUUGGUUUUGGUUCCAACAAUAACAACAAUGGCAACACUGGGAAUACUGGCUUUGGCUUUGGAGCAAAUAGUAACAAUAAUAACGGCAAUAAUAACUCUGGAAAUACUGGCUUUGGUUUUGGCAAUAAUAAUGCAAAUAAGACAGGAUUCGGUCUUGGAGGUAGCACGAACAACAAUACAGCAGCAAAGCCUGCAUUUAGCUUUGGAGCUAAUACAAACAAUACUGCUUCAAAGCCAAGUUUCGGCUUUGGAAAUAAUGCAAACGCUAGUUCCUCAAAGCCAGCUUUUGGAUUCGGAAAUACUGCAACUAACACUGCCGCUAAACCCGGUUUUAGUUUUGGAAAUAAUACCGCCAGUACGGGUUCAAAGCCUGGCUUUGGUUUUGGAAAUAAUGCAAGCACUGCAUCAAAGCCAGGUUUCAGCUUUGGAAAUAACAAUAAUUCUACAUCCACUAGCACUGGAACUGCCAGUGGUGGUUUGUUUGGAAAUAAACCUGCUACAGGUGGUGGUCUGUUUGGCAAUAACACAAAUAGCAACACAAAUGGAGGUAUGUUUGCCAGUAAACCUAGUGGAGGACUUUUUGGAAGUGGUACCAACAAUAAUUCUACGAGUUUGUUUGGAAACAAAGGUCCUAGUAAUGGUUUAGGGAACAGUGGGGGUCUGUUUGGCAAUAAUAACAACAACGGAAUGUUUGGAAACAAUAAUAAUAACAAUAAUCAACAAAUCCCACAGCUCACAUCAAUGACCAAAGUGAGUGAUCUUCCUGACGGUCUCAAAAAUCAGCUUGUGCAGUUGGAUGAGUAUAUUCAAACGGAAAUGUCUAUUGCAGAGUAUCUUAAAAGCAACGAGAAAGAGCACAGUGAGUUGAUAGAUAGUAUACCACGAGACAUACGGUAUUUGGAGAAGAAGUCAUCAUCCACAGGUCAAGCAUUAAACAGCGAUUUGCACUUUAUUGAGAGUUUCAAGGCGAAAACUUUAGAAAGCUUUAACGAUUGGGUCGAGAAGCUGAUCAAGGUGUAUCUACAAUUGACAAAUCCAAUGUCCAGUAAUGUUUCUAACGACCAGACUCAAUCUUCUUCCUCAUCUAAUGUUGUCAUAGGAAUCAACGGUGUGAGAAAGGUAGAUCCAGCUACCGAUGCUAAAAACGGCCAGAUCAACAGCAAUGGAAGUAAGAAUGGAGCUCAAUCUUCAAGUACAAACCAAGCUGCACCACUGAAUGUUACACAGAUCAUAAAUUUAUACUAUCUAACCAAGAUCGAUGACUUCAAGGAUAGCAUAUCUAAGUAUGAGGUGAUUCUUAAAGAAGUAGAAGAUUCCAUAAAUUCGUUGGACAAAUCACUUUUAGACGGAAGGCGUGGAGCAUCUGCCUUGAAUGAUAAUUAUGGUCUUGAAAUGAUUGUUUCCACACUUCGUGAAGAGUUCAAGUUAUACGUCGAGUUGGCAAACGAGUUUGCGGAAAUACAUCAUGAUGUAAAGCAUAUAGUAGGUGGUCCUGAGGCUUUUUAA